AUGGAGGGGCUGAUUCAAGCCCCCGAGCUGGACACUCUUGAGGAGCAGCUGCUGACGAAAAAAGAAAAGAAAGAAAGAAGCAGCAAAAGGCUGUUGGAAGCAGCAGAAGCAAACAGCACAGAAAGGGCCCUUGCGCUCCUCAAGGAGGGCGCAGACCCCGCCGUCGAACCACUGGGCAGCAUUCAAGGGACACACACGCAUUUUGCAUUUGCUGCUGAAGGCGGGGCUCUCUCCUUUUGA